UUCUUCCGUAUUUGUGCUUCUCAGCCAGAGUCAAAUGGGAAAUUUUUCCUCCGUUCACGAACUUUGAAUGAGAACUCUACCUUCAAAACCUUAGGCUUCGUUCCAAUCUGUUCCAAAUAUGCAAAACCCAUUUCUGUUUGCUUUUCUAUAAUUGGUGAUGAGCCUAAAGCUUUCGAUUUUCUUGGGAUCGAUUUCAUCUGGUAAAUUUCUCCUUUCUUCUGCCUUGGAGGGUAAGAGUCUGCUCUCUUUUCCUCUCUGCGUUUCCGCGUGUUGUUCGAUUCCUGAUCUAAUUGCGAGAAUUCCCUUUUAGUUAUUUUGGGGAAGAAAUGAGGAAUUAGGUCUGGGAGUCUGUAUAUUUGUUUUCUUUUUUCGUCAAAAAUUUCAUUUCUAUCGUUGGAAGUUCCUUCUGGGUCGUGGCGAUUGUCACCCAGAAUCCCUAUUCUUACAGAGAUGGCUGUAUUAUUGUGAAAUUUCUUGUGAAUUUGAGGUUCAGGCGUAAGUCACAGCCUCAAACUUCGAUUGUUUAAUCCUAUUGUUCGUCACUUGUGAAAAUGUCGUCCACUGGUGUGGCUGCUCUUAGUCCGGUUGGCAGCGAGCCGUUGGCCCCAAAUAUAUUCCGAUGCCCAUCACACUUGUCCCUGGACGAUUCCAUUUUUAUCUUUCUCUCUUUUUCGGGAUCAGUGACUCCCAUGCGUGUCCUGGAGUGUGAGACUAUUGAGUCUGUAAAACUCAAAAUCCAAAAUUGUAAUGGGUUUUUAACAAGGAAGCAAAAAUUGGUCUGUGGUGGCCGUGAACUAGCCCGGAGUGAUACUUUACUCCGGGACUAUGGGGUAACAGAUGGAAAUGUUCUGCAUUUGGUGCUCAAAUUGUCAGAUCUUCAGGCGAUCAGUGUGAAAACUUCUUGUGGGAAGGAAUUUACGUUUCAUGUGGAACGAGGUAGAGAUGUCGGGUAUGUGAAGCAACAGAUUGCCAAAAGGGCGAAACAGUUCUCUGAUCCUGAACAGCAAGAAGUUCUGUGUAAUGGGGAGCAGCUCGAGGACCAGAGGCUUAUUGACGAUAUCUGCCACAAACAUAAGGAUGCAGUGCUACACCUGUUGAUAAAAAAAUCUGUGAAAGUUCGGACUAGACCAGUCAAGAAGAAUCUUGAGCUGUCCAUUGUGGCAACAGAAUUGAACGAUAGGAAAAAUUAUGACACUGACCGAAGCAAUAACAGAUAUGCUGUUGGUGAAGAAGUGUUCAGAGAGACUGUGCCCAGAAAAGCUCCCGACAGACGCGUUCUUUUGGAGCCAGUUAUUGUUAACCCUAAGGUUGAAUUAGCUUCAGUUGUUUGUGAUAUGAUUAACUCAACAUAUGCUGGAUUAGAAAAAGGAAGCUAUCCAGUCAGAUCAGCUGAGGGAACAGGAGGAGCUUACUUUAUGAUGGAUUCAACAGGGAAGAAGUAUGUGUCUGUUUUUAAGCCUAUUGAUGAAGAGCCAAUGGCUGUGAAUAACCCUCGUGGAUUGCCAAUGUCAUUGGACGGGGAAGGCUUAAAAAAGGGUACAAGAGUUGGUCAAGGAGCAUUCAGGGAAGUUGCAGCUUACAUUUUGGACCAUCCAAUUAGUGGGCGUCGCUCAUUAUUUGGUGAUAAGAAGGGCUUUGCUGGUAUACCCCCCACAGUUCUAGUUAAGUGCCUCCAUGAUGGAUUUAACCAUCAAGGGGACAUGACUGCUAAGAUUGGCUCCUUGCAGAUGUUCAUGGAGAAUAGUGGGAGCUGCGAGGAUAUGGGGCCGGGGGCUUUCCCAGUGAAAGAAGUGCAUAAAAUUUCUGUGCUGGAUAUAAGACUGGCAAAUGCAGAUAGGCAUGCUGGGAAUAUUCUGAUCAGUGCUAAAGGAGAAACGGGCCAGGCUGAGUUGAUUCCAAUUGAUCACGGAUACUGCUUGCCUACAAGUUUUGAAGAUUGCACCUUUGAAUGGCUUUAUUGGCCACAAGCUCGCCAGCCUUACUCCCCAGAGACUAUUGACUACGUAAAAUUGCUGGAUGCUGACGAAGAUAUCGCCCUUUUGAAGUUUCACGGAUGGGAUCUCCCCAUUGAAUGUGCUCGAAUUCUUCGAAUCUCAACCAUGCUUCUGAAAAAAGGAGUGGAGAGAGGACUGACACCCUUUGAAAUUGGCCGCCUGAUGUGCAGAAAAUCCUUGAACAAGGAAUCAGUGAUCGAGGAGAUCGUACAAGCUGCGCUCGAUUCUGUUCUUCCAGGAAUGAGCGAAGCGACACUGCUUGAUACUGUUUCCCAUAUCAUGGAUCAGCGUCUUGAUGAGAUUUCCAGUGCACCUUCUUGAUUGUAGUUGAAUUAUGAAUCAGCCAGAGUUGGUACACAAAUGUCUAUUCUGUACAUGUGCUUCAGUACAUACAUAUUGCUCAUAUGAUUGAUCUUUCUGGGUUAUGACAAUUCUUUCAUCGCAUUGACUUUCUAGGUCUGGAAUCAUUUUCAUAUCGCACAUUUCACAUAUUCAUUCUAGUUUGUAUUUUUUUUAACUCCUUUCCUUACUUUGAAUUCCAGAGGUGCAUGAAGAAUCCUUUACGUUUGAUAA